GAAACAGAUAUACUCACUUCCUAGGUCCACAUUUUUUCUUAAAAUAUAUAUACACAAAUAUAUAUAAUUGGCUUUGUGAUAGUUGGUUUCUUUUGUGGUCAAUCAUUCACAAAAUACAAAAACAUCAUGGGGAUGAUCAUGAGUUACAUGGGAGGAUCAGGUGAGGGAAUAGCAUCCCAGACAUUAGAUCUUGUGUCAGGAGCACUCUAUGAUCAAUUUAUGAAGAAAGAAGUUAAAGACUUUGAAACCUUCCACACUGCCAUUCUUGAUAUCUUCAACACUAUUAACAUGGCCUUGCCUGGUAAGCAUUAUGAUGUACCAUCACACAAGGAAAUUGAGGUAUUUUUCAGAGAUUGGAAUAAAACAAGCGAGGAAGAUAAGAAGAAAAAUAUUUUCAUUGAUUUCAUGAUUAAGAAUGUAAAUAUAAGCAAAGUAGAUGAUUCUAUGAUGAUAACUGGAAUAGUGGCACCUCCAGCAGCUAUGGUAGCUAAGAGAACAGGACAGUCUGUGCCUCAACUAAGUGUUAUGAAAGCCAUUCCUGAUGUUAUCUUUGUCCCAACAGCUACUAUUUUAGCUCUCAUUGCUGUUAAAGUCACCAAAAGAAUGUCAUUGAAGAAAUUGAAUCCUAUUUAAUUUUCUCUCUUGAUGUAGUAAUAACAUGACUAAUCUCCAAUUGCUUGUAAUUGUGCAAUGUUUAGUUUGAUGUUUCAUACCAUA